CAAAAAGUAUUGCUCUCUUAUGAGAGUAAUGCAAAGGAUUGGUUAAAAUACGCUCAUUUCGAUGAAUGCAGAUAUACAAGAAAUCUUGUGGACACCGGGAAUGAUAAAUACAAUUUAAUGCUUCUGUGUUGGUCUGAAGGACAGGGAUCUGUUAUACACGACCACUCAGACGCUCAUUGUUUUAUGAAAAUACUUUCGGGUCAUCUUCAUGAAACUCGGUUUGAAUGGCCCGACAAUACCAGUGACAUAAAUGAUAUGAAAGCGAUUGAUGAGAAUGAACUCAAAACUAAUGAUGUCGCCUAUAUUAAUGAUUCAAUUGGUUUACAUCGAGUGGAAAACCGGAGUCAUAGCUGGAAAUCUGUGUCAUUACAUCUCUAUUCUCCUCCAUAUUCUAAAUGCCAGGUCUUUGACGAGAGAACUGGACUUAAAAAUGAAGCAAAAAUAUAC